UCCAGACAAAUCAAACUCUACUGACAAGCAUGGUGCACGUGACUGUGAGCGACGAUAUUUGUCCAGCAUCUGUGUAUAACAACAGCCUGACGGGAGAUAAUCCAGCAUCUGUGUAUAACAACAGCCUGACGGGAGAUAAUCCAGCAUCUAUGUAUAACAACAGCCUGACGGGAGAUAAUCAAACCUGGCUAUAUCCACACAACACCAACAUUACCGCCGAUAGUCUCUUCAGAACCUACACUGUAUACGUGGUGUGGAGCAUCAUCACCAGUGUCGGGUCUGUUGGUAACGUCAUCGUGAUCCAAACAAUGUAUUUCCAUGGCGACCGGUCCGCCACGAGCUAUUACAUCAUCAAUCUGGCGCUCACUGACCUCGCUUUCAUCCUGAUAGUCGUGCCCUUCACCUUGUCCAUGUUCAUCACUCAUGACUGGUUGUUUGGAAACGGGAUCUGCAAGCUCGUCAUGUACAUGAUAUACGUGACUCUUCAAGCAACGUGUUUGACCUUAACCGCCAUGGCCAUUGAUCGAUACUUCGCUAUCGUCCAUCCAAUUAAAUCGAUCAAUUCACGAACUCCACAGAUGUCCAUUAUGAUCAGUGUUGGAAUAUGGGUUGCUUCACUGUGUCUCAGUAUUCCGUUUCUGCUGUUUAACAAAGAAGUUACUGAGGACGGUCAACAUACGUACUGUAGGGACGACUGGCCCAAUGAAACCUGGCGCAAGGGGGUGGCACUGGCUGUUGUCAUGACGACCUAUGUCAUCCCACUCACCAUUAUUAUCGUCUGCUACACACAGAUACUGAAGCACAUCUCUAGACGACGAAUUAGAAUUACGGAGGAAAACGAACAACUUUCGCCCAACGAACUCCAGACCAAUCAACGUGAAAGAUACCGGAAGAAGGUAACCAAGAUGGUGGCCAUUGUGGUCAUUCUGUUCGCGUCCCUAUGGCUGCCAAUCCACGUGUUCAACCUGUGUGUGUUCUACCUGCCAGGCUUCCCGAAGACCUCUCUCAUGUUGGACCUCAAGGUCGUGGCCCUGACUCUCUGCUACUCCAAUUCGUGCGUCAAUCCUUUCGUCUACGCUUUCCACGGCGACGGCUUCCGGAGAGCCUUCCGGAAGUCACUUGCGUCAUGCGCACGGAACAAUAGAGUGCGUCCGGUUGUUCAGAGCGAAGCUUGGCACACCAAUGACGGUCGUGACAUACGCGGACCCGUUCGGAGUCGGGUUACGGGUUAUUCCAGCACGACAGGGUUGUAAUUUUAUCCGCAGAAACAGUUACUGUCUGGUGUUAUCAAUGGUAUAGACAGUUCCAAUUUGUGUUAAACAUAUAGGACCCAGUUGACAAACCCUGUUGUUAUUCUUACCCACAUAUAAGGAAAACAGGUUUCGUAUAUCUGGAAUGGAGUCCAAAUAUAUAUGUUUUGGUUUUGGCUGCCUGCUCUGUUUGCAACUAAUUCAUUUCAUAUUUAGGGCUGA